CGCCCCCUUUCCUCCUCCAAAACCCACCCCGCUCCAAUUCACACCCAAUCGCCAUUCCAAGCAGCUCACAGCUAGCUAGCUCCCAUUCCGAUCCAUCAAGAGCUGAAGGCGCCAAGCAGCAGCAGCAGCAGCAGCAGCCAUGUCGGAGGUGUCGGUGAUGAACCCGGGCGAGGAGGAGCCGCGCCUGGUGUUGCCGCCGGGGUUCCGCUUCCACCCCACCGAUGCGGAGGUCGUCGUCGACUACCUCACGCCCAAGGCGCUCGACGGCAGCUUCUCCUGCGUCGUCAUCUCCGACGUCGACCUCAACAAGACCGAGCCGUGGGAUCUCCCGGGCAAGGCGAAGAUGGGGGAGAAGGAGUGGUACUUCUUCUGCCACAAGGACCGCAAGUACCCGACGGGGAUGCGCACCAACCGGGCCACCGCCAGCGGGUACUGGAAGGCGACGGGGAAGGACAAGGAGAUCUACCGCGGCCGCGGCGUCCUCGUCGGCAUGAAGAAGACGCUCGUCUUCCACACGGGGCGCGCCCCGCGCGGGGAGAAGACGCCAUGGGUGAUGCACGAGUACCGCCUCGAGGGCAAGCUGCCGCCUAACCUCCCCCGAUCCGCCAAGGACGAAUGGGCUGUCUGCCGCGUGUUCAACAAAGACUUGGCGGCCAAGCAGCCUGGCCAAAUGGCGCCGGCCGCCGGCCCGGAGCCGACCAUCCCCUUCGACUUGGACGACAUCUUUGGUGUGCCGCCGCUCGAGGACUCGGAGUACGCCGUCGACGACCUCCUCCUCGACUUCAAUUCCAGCUCCGGCGACGCCGCGGGCAUGGGCGGCGGUGGCGGCUACCAAGUCAUCAAGGCGGAGCAGCAGGCGCUCCAGGUGCCGGCGGCGAGCAACCCGCGCGGGGCCGCGGAGCAGGCGAUACGUGCGCACUGCAAGCCGGAGGCGGCGCCGUACCUGGAGGUGGACGACCUACUGCUGGACGAGGGAUUCAUGGACUACUCCAACAUGUGGAACUGCUAGCUAGGCGUCGCCGGCGGCCUAGCCAUAUACAGUAGUAGUUCGAUUUGGUCACCGGCCGGCCGGCCGGUCGAUUAAUUAUUACAGUAGUUGACUUAUUACAGCUGAGGUUUGGGUUCGUGUAUGUAUGUAUCAGCCGAUCGAUGGAUCGAGUCUGGUAGCUGAUCGAUGUGGUGUUUAGGGGUGGGGAAUUUGAGUUGAGACUGAUAGAUGGAUCGGAUGAGCAAGCAGCAGCUGCCGGCGGCGGCGUCGACGAUGCUGCAGGUUGGUGGCUGGGUUAGUUAGACUUGUUGGAUCAUUAGCCUGCUAGUAUAUAGGAAGAUUGAUUUGUUAA